UGUCGCCGCCCCUCUCGUGGGGAGUGCCGGGGGACCCCAUGCCACUUGUGCGGGGCUUAAGGUAAGUGGGGAAAGGCCCUCUGAUGGCUUGGGGUGCUCUUUUGGGGAUGCAGAACUUUUUGCAUCAUCUAUCUUUGCGGCUACGCCGCAGGAUAAGGACAUAGGAAUGAAACAGGAAGAUGCACCAAUUUCAGCCUCCUCCUUAAGAAUAAUCAGCGUUUCCGAUCGUCUUCCCCCAUGCAAGUUGCAAGGUGACCCGUUUCGCCCCUUUGGCUUCAGCAUUAAGGAACAAAGUUCUCCUCGAGUAACGCCUUCCGGUAACCGCAGAAUGACCAAGAUUAAAUCUGUAUUUAACUUCCCAUCUCUGAGCUCCAAACACGAAUCGGGGUUGAAACGGGCCGACUGCAAACUCCGCUUCUGACGGCGCCUGAAACGAUUCCAGUGGAGAAGACCAUGGCAAAGCAAAAUUGUCGUCCAUAUACACUAAUCAGUGCUAUAGGAGGCAUUGAUGGAGUUUAUGAAGACCAUGUCGAGUUCCUGGAGCAACACCUUAAGCUUAUCACCAUGCAGGAAUUUCUGGAAAACCAGCAAGAACUCAGUCAAAAAAUUGAAGCAAUUUAUUUGUGGUUUAAAAAACCAGCGGCUACCAGGGAGCUCCUGCAGAGUUUGCCUAACUUAAAGGUGAUUGCAAACUCUGGUGUUGGAGUGGAUCAUUUGGAUUUGAAACUGAUCUCCAGCUUCGGAGUGAAGGUAGCGAACACGCCAUUUGCAGUUGUCAAUCCUACAGCAGACCUUGGGAUAGCUUUACUAUUGGCAUCGGCCAGGAGGCUUGUGGAAGGUUAUCAGAUUGCAGUUUCUCCUGAGACCAAAUAUUUUAAAGCUGACUGGUUGGGAGAGGACGUCAGUGGUGCAACUCUGGGUAUCAUUGGAAUGGGACAUAUUGGGUAUAAGGUAGCCCAGAGAGCCAAAGCUUUUGAAAUGAAAAUUCUGUACCAUAAUAGGAACCGUAGAGCUGUGGAUGAAGAACAGGCAGUUGGGGCUGUUUAUUGUCAACAGAUGGAAGACUUACUCCAGCAGGCUGACUUUGUGAUUCUCUGUGUGGCUCUCACAUCCCAAACACGCAGCUUGAUUGGGGAAAAGGAAUUAAAGCUCAUGAAAUCCUCUGCUAUACUUAUCAACAUCUGCAGAGGUCAGGUGGUUGAUCAAGAUGCCCUUGUGAAAGCACUCCAAAAUAAAGUUAUUAAGGCUGCCGCUUUGGAUGUGACCUAUCCCGAACCACUGCCAAGAGACCAUCCUUUGCUACAGUUAAAGAAUGUCAUAAUAACACCUCACAUUGGAAGUGCAACUGUGAAAUCUCGCCGCUGUAUGAUGAUCAGCAUGGUGGAAAGCAUCUUGGAUGGAGUGAACGGUCUUCCAAUCCCUAAUGAAGUGCAUGGAUAAAAGGUUCUCCAUGUCUUGCUGGUAAAACAGCAGCUCCAUGGAAAUUCUGUGCAUGGAACUAUGACACCUACCUCCCCCCUGCCCCUCACAGCAGCUCUACUGCAAUAUUAGGUGGAGUGUUGGAGAGCUGCCACAGAAGGGGGAGGUUCUCACCAGCCCACCCUUGUGGGGGGCAUAAAAAUCAUUUUGAUGGGAUCUAGUCCUAUGUAAUUCUGUGUCUUGUCUCACAGUACUAAUUGGAAAAGGUUAUCUUUGAUCUUUGGUUUCAUUGUAAACUGGAAUCUAUAUUUGCAGUCCUCUGGUGUGUCAAAUAAAAUAUCUGGUGUACUUUU